AUGGAAGAAUUUAAGCCUUCAGCAUUUGAAGAGAUUAUCAGGUGGCUAAUUCAGCGGGAGGAAGGGCGCCAGCUUCUGCGGGAGCUCCUGGGAUGGGAGCCCUUCGAUGAAGUCUGGGACCUGCGGCGAAGCAUCCGGCUGGACAUCCUCUACAACAGCAUCAUGUUCGCUGCGAGGAAAGGCCUCUCCUGGGCAGCAGUGGCAGCAGUGGGGAAGAUCGCACAGGAGCUCCUCGAGGAGAUGAAAGUGGGAUUGCUGAAGGAUUUGCAUGCCCAGGCAGAAAAAAGUGUACACGCUCAAUUCCUGAUCAUCAUUGCCCUAACCCCAUUCCUGCAAUAUGACUCAUUCAUGGACAUCAAGCCUGAAGAAAGUCAGGGAGAUUUGCCUCCAAGUGAGAUCGGUCUAACCAUCUCCCAGGCCCUCCAGGUCUUCCAGGAUAAAGUCUCAGCAUGUGAGCCGAAGCUGAGGCCACUCAAGCCAGGCAUUCUGUGCGAUUACUUUCUCAACACGUAUUUCAAACAUUUCCACCUCUACCAAUUCCUGCUAUGCCACAAGAGGACAGUGCAGCAGCGCUACGCCACCCUGGAGGUCUGCGUGCCCCCACAUCCCCUCCCGCUGGAGACUGGCAUAGAUGCAGAGGUUGAAAAACACCAGCAGCAAAUUGCUGCCCUGUCAGCUGCCGAGACCCAAAAACGUACCAAUGUGCUGCAUCUCCGAAAGAUGCUAAGGGCAGAGAAGAAUACCAUCCUGGAAAAAGUGUACAAAAAGCUGGAAGACCCAAGCGAGAAGCUAGACAGAGAGAGACUGGCGACCUUAGUGGAAGAGGUGAUCAGAGUUGAGGAGGAAACCACACGUGAGAUCUUCCAGGCUGAGAUCCAGGCCACCUUUGAAAUCCUGGAGCUGAGACUCCAGAAGAAGAUGCUAGCCUUGAAACCACCUGUUCCUAAUCUUCCACCUCUUGCCCCUGCUGUCCAAGCCAAGAAGGCACCUAAACCUCGGGAAAGAAAAAAGAAGAAAUGA